GUGGUUUAUCAUGGGUAAUUUCUCUUAAUCUGGGCACACUUGUCUCUGCUUGUCUCCACAGCAUAAUGAGGGCGAGAUAUCACUGGAUUCAUAUUUAAAAAAAAAAAAAACUCAAAAUGUUUUAUAUCUCAUUAUUUUUUAUGUAAAUGUUCACGUUAGGUUUUCAGUGUUUCCUUUGCCUUUUGACCUGUUAGAAUGAUACCGACUCCUUUUGAAAUCUUUCUUCCCAAUGCAUGAUCACUCUUUUAUUACACCAGCAGCUGGAGUUCCAAGUGCUUGAAACCAUCCAUACAACAGCUCUCCUUAUGAAGAAACCUCUCAAGUGUGUGCUUGAAGUUUUUUUUUUCUUUCUUCUUUUUCAAUUUUCACACUAAAUCAUGUGACUGACAACUGUUUGGUUAUUUGUAGCUUGUUUAAUGGGACAUCACAUCAUUGCAGUAUGCUACAAUUAAAUGUUCUGUCUCACUAGACAAAUGGCUGCAUAUUUACACAUGAAAAGGAAAUAAUCAUCUCAGGGGCCCGAUGGUAAUUUAAACAUUAGAUUAAGUUUGUAUCACUUACGUAAAGGACAUGACCAAUUAGCAUUUUGCUAUACUUCAUUCUUUCAGAUUACCAAGAAAAGGCCUUUUCUCUGUGCUUGUUAGGACUUCAAUCUCCAAACUGAUAAUUGGCUAUAAUAAACAUUCACUUGUAAUGAGUGAAGACAUAAUGAAUUGAAUAAUCUGUACUGAGCCAUUACCAUCUGCUAUGGGCAAAUCUGCCAUUCCCCUGUCAUGAUCUCAUAACCAAUGAUGUUAAUGGAUGUUACUAAGGUGUUCUUCCAGGGGAGGAACCUCCUCUCAAGUUUCUAUUAAUGUACUUCCUCUAGAGAUGACUGUGCUUGCUCAGGCAGAAAGAUACUCGUGCUGAAUCCACUUACUGGAGAAAAGGAGUCAUCUCUUGUAGUAAGACCAAAGAGAGAGAGAGGGUGAGUGCGUGAGCUUUUUGUUUUAAAAGCCAAAUGGAGUGGCAUGGAAGGCAAGGAGGGAGACACAGGCAUGCCUGUCUGCCCAAAGAACAAGAGAAAGACUGGCUGGGUAGACUAAUUGUGUUUUAAAGUGGGUCUGUGGGUACACAAUGGGGAAUCGGAUGGUUUUAAGCUCCCAUGAGCAGCUCUAGAGGAAGAGAGAGUUGUCAGAUUUGUAGGUCAGGCUGCAGGGGUUGUUGUCAGGCAGACUCACGGUGGUAGAGGUGCUUUCUUAGAGGGGAUCCGCACGACACCGAUGUCAGUUCGGGUUACGUACGGUUUCAUUAGUUUCCUCCAAUCCCGUUUGCCUGCCCACCUGCCUUAUGCAUCGGUUGUUGAAUAUCUCUACCUGCGAAAGAUUUUGAGGAAGUCAUGCCUCCAAAUUCUUUCGAGAACAGCAAGUGUGAGAGGAUCAUAAUUGAUUUCACGCUUUGCAGGGCAUUGUGCGAGCACAUCUCAAUUCCCAUCUGCUCCUGGAGAAGGCUGACCCGGUUUCAGCGUGUUACGUGGGAGCGGGCCCGGUCCGGAGGGACCUGUCCCUUACUAGUGCUGAUCUAAGGAAGCAAGGAAGGAGGGCACCAACGUGUUCCCUCAUCCCCGAUCCAUCUCACACCCUUCGCCUGCGCUCCUCCUCGCGAUUCUCUUAAAUAUUGCUUAUUUAAGAAGAAAGAUCAUGGUGGCUGUCAGAGGGAAGGAUUCGGGAUCCAAGCAGCUGAAGGAAGCCAAUGAGGAGAGCUACGCGCCGGCCACGGCUGAGGGCACACGAGGAGGAGCGCUCAGGAGUCUACUCCGCUGGGGUUAAAGUGUGCAGUGUGCACUACUUCCUGCCGCAGGUAGAGCUGUCACAGUGUGGUGUGGAGCUCUAGCUGUGUCAGAGGCUUGCCGUGUCCUUGCCUCACUGCUGCGAGAGCUGCUCUGCUGGAUAUCGCAAUCGUUCUCACGCGCACACGCAGAGGAAUCCAUAUCCUGCCAUCGGCAUGGAGAAGUGCUGCUCUGAGUGCUCAGAGCCCAGGAUGGCACAGAGCUUGUGCACCUUCUGCAACAAGUGGCUGUGUUUCCAGUGCACAGACUUGCAUCAGCAUGAGAGAAGCUCCACUCAACCCUUUGACCUGCAGCACCAGCCGCGAGACCCUCCAUCAUCGUCUGAAAUAGGAGCCGCUUGCUGCGGGCAUGCAGUUGUCAUGUGUCCUCUCCAUAAACAGGAGCCUCUGGAACUCCUGUGUGAAACGUGCGACCUCAUGGCCUGCAGCAUCUGUCACCUGUCCACCCACAAAGACCAUCGACUGGUGCAUGUUGGGAAGGCUCUGCAAGACCAGCGUUGGCUCCUGCAGAACCUCAUGGCCCGAGUGGAGGAGAAGAGAUCUGCUGUGGAGAACACUGCUAAACAGAUCCAGGGCAGGCUCCAUGGUAUAAAGAUCACGCAGAGGAAGGCAGAGAACCAGAUAAAAAUGGCUAAGAUGAUUAUGAUGAACGAGCUUAACAAACGGGCCAACCUAUUAAUAGAACAACUGGAGAGUAUCUCCAGUGAUUUCAAGCAACGUCUGGAGGACCAGCUGCAGGGGGCCAUAGAGCUGUGCAGCCAGCUGGAGCACGUGCAGAACUUCAUUACCUGGGCUACAGCCCACCACAGACGCAAUCCACUGCUAUUCAGCAAAGAGCUGAUUGCUCUUCAGAUGCAGCAAUUACUGGAGCCAUUGAUGCUCUCAGAGGCUUGGACCCCAUUGAAAAUCAAGUUUAACUGGGAUGCCAGCUUCUGGACCAAGCAGAUGUCCACUUUAGGUCAACUGGUUGUUGAAGGUGGAAGUCGUUCAUACCCAGAGGUUGUGGGUCAUCCCAGUAUCCUGCGACCCCAGCCUGUCCCAUGCAUAGCAAUGCCUCCUCUGUGCCAUGCGGUGCGGGAACCUGGCUGCGCCUGCCAGACCUUCUGCCAGCCCCAGCUCUGCUGCCUUCACUGCAGACCUACUCAAUCCGUCCCUUUGGAUAAAUUCCCUUCUCAGUGUCCUCAGGCCGCCAGGCGGAGCUCCCCGCCGUCUCUUCACAGCUGCUGGGAGGCUGAUGCAUCUGUCCCAGUGCAUCCACCUGGAGCUCAGCCUCUACAGCAGUCCACCUCUCACCCUGGAUCUGACCCCGUCCAGCAUGGAACCAGCUCCGCUUCACCUCGACAGCCUGUCGGAGCCAACAACCACCCGUUGCCCGAGCCGCUCCCUGCUAAUUCCAACCAGGCUGCCAUGGACGGAAGAAACUCUGCAUCAGGCCAGCCUCCCUGUGAAAGAGGGCAAACAUCUGCACCCGAAGCAGCUACAGGGCAAGAAGCAUCACCAGACAGAGAGCUGCCGCAGGUCCGCAAACAGGUUCAAGUGCAGUCGACCACAGAAACCAGCAACCAGCCCAUGAUUGAAUUGCAGCCUAUCGUUGCUCGCAUCGGUGAUGACAGGAGAUCCUCGGCGCUGGAGAUGUUCACACGGGCUCAAGGCCGAGGAGGUGACGGCCAGAGCCGUUCCGGUUUGAAGAGGGCGACCAGGUCUCAGAGCACCUCAAAAGGACCCAGAGGACCUCGCAAAAGGCUCUGUAAAGACAGGCCGACCAGGGCUGCUCAUAGCCUGGCAACAGUGGCUGGGGACCAGGGAUGCACAGCGCAGCAGCAGGUCUGUGCACGACUCGAUGCUUCUGAGAUGAUCUCAGGACAUAUAAACAGUCACACUGCAUCCUCUCUGACCACCUACAAGUCUGAACCAGAUAACGUAUAUGCAUAUACCUAUGAAAACAGAAGGCUGAAAACCAGAAAGAAGAAAAGAUUGUCUCGAGAAGAUCCAGACACCAGUGAUAAAGAAGCCCCAGAUGGUUCGAAGGUUCCAGUUGUGUGUCUUGAGCGACUCAAGAUCCUAGUGUCACGACAUCCACCACAGAACCAUCAGAGCACAGACCUUACUUCUCAAACAGAGCUUGGAUUCAAACCUGAAGAAACUGUCUUCAGGGUGCUAGAGAGAAAGGUCACUUCUCAGGGAGCUUUGGAUAAGGAGUCAGUUCAGACAGAGGACAGCUUGUCGCCCACAGAGCAGCUAUCACCAGAACAUCUGCAUAGCAGUGAAUCAUCUGGCUCCCUUGAGGUUUCUCAGCCUCCUGUGCAAGAAUUUUGCAACAUAAACCAAGAGUCCGGGGUACUGGCCAUCUCCAAUGAUUCAGACCCUAUCUUACAACCUGACACCGAAGAAAUAAACUCCCCAUCUGAGCUCAGAUCAGUGACAGGUUCUGAUUUCCAAACCGAGUCCACAAGAGAAGCUAAAGCAGGCUCAGAUGCAGAUGUGGAAUCAGAGCUCCUGCGGGAAUCAGAUCCGAGCGCUGAAUCUGAACCGCAGGUCGAAUCUGAAUCGGAUGUGAUUUCGGAGCAGCCUCCUGAAUCGGUGCUCUCGGCUUCUGAACAGGAAUUUGAAUCAGACCCAGAUUCCACGGCCGAAGUGACUCUGAAUCUUGAACCAGAGUCUGAAUGGGAAGCGGAGCAGCCGGUUCUCCCUCCUGCUGCCAGCUCGGAGACUGUAUCAGAACCUGCUGUUGAACAUCAACCUGCAGAGGAAAGCCCUGAGAUAGAGAAUGAGGACUUCUGUGCGGUCUGUCUCAUCGGAGGAGACCUUCUCUGCUGUGAUCGUUGCCCCAAAGUCUUUCACCUGUCAUGCCAUGUCCCUCCUCUCCAUAGUUUCCCCACAGGUGACUGGAUUUGCACCCUGUGCAGGGAUGUGGAGCAGCCAGAGGUGGAAUAUGACUGUGAGAAUGACCAGAUGUCCACGGGUUCGCUGCCAUAUGGGCUGUCGGCGUGUGACCAGAGGAAAUGUGAGAAGUUGACGCUGCUGAUCUUCAGCAACAUUCUCAGCGCUCCGUUCCAUGAGCCUGUCAGCCCUCUGGCCCGUCAUUAUUAUCAGAUCAUCAAGAAACCCAUGGAUUUGUCUGUCAUUCGGAACAGGCUCAGCAGAACCAGCAACACACACUAUCGUUCUCCGCAAGAGUUUGUGGCUGAUGUCCUGCUCAUGUUCAAAAACUGUGCCAAGUUCAACUACCCGGACUCAGAGGUGGCUCAGGCAGGCCACAGUCUACAGUCCUUUUUUACAUCCAAACUGAGUGAGGUUUUCCCAGAUCUGACCUGCCCUGUCCAGGAGGAGGAGGACUCAGACAAUGAGGAUUACGAGGAGCUGGAGAGAGCUAUGGUGACUGGCUUUCCCUGGCCCGAGAGAAAAGAGCAGAGCCACAGGAAGAGGAAGAGAAGGCACUCCCUCAACUGGAGGAGAAAUCACUAUUAGUUGUGCCUCUAUAUAUAUAUAUAUAUGUACAGAGACUUUUGUCCCACUCGCUCUGAGUUUUCCAUCCUGGGCGACUUGCUGUUUUUUAAAAAUUCAUGUUGAAAUACAGUAUAUGCUUUUUCUGAGGACUAAUCUCACACAUUAUAACCAAUUGAUGUGUUAUGCUGUUAUCUGUAGCUGUGGGUAGGUGUUGAUAUAAGCCUAUAUCUCCAGACUUCUCCUGAGGUCUUGCACUAGUAUUUAUUCCAAUGCUUACACUUACAUUAAAUUGUACAAUCAAUUUGAUAGCUGACUGGUUGCUGGCAACUGCUACUUAGUAAAUAUAGAUAAGCAACAUUAAUUGGUAAUAUUAUAUAAUAUAUUUACUCUAAAUUUCAUUCUUCUUUUUAUCCAAAUAUCCCUUAAAAUGAGGUACGUUUUCCAGCUGUUUUACUGUGAUGAUUUUAUUGACCUGUAGAGGGAGCACUUCAUAUAGCCUGUGGCAACACAUUAGUUCAUAUUGGACUAUUUCAGUGGCAGGAGGAUGUGCGUAAUGUGACUGAAACCCAUGAACCCUUUUUAGAAUGGAAGAAGGAUAAUAUUAGGCAGUUGCUACACAACUGUGAUGUUUUAAAUUAAUCUUUUAAAUGCUUAUUGACUAACCAGACAAAAAAAAAAAAAAUCUUUUCACAGGCGGAUGGAACACUUUAUAGUCCAGCAUGUUCCUCCAGCAUGUGGUUCACAAACAGGUUUGAUAUUUGUAUGUCUACUGAAUUUUGUAAUACUGGUCUUAAUUGCUGAAAUUGCUGUGCAGAUCAUGUUAUGUCCUCUUCUAAUGCUAUUUACUAUCUUUAGCUGGAUUGUAUUUAGUCUUAAAAUAUAUAUACUGUAUGGUGUAAAUAUG